GUAAACCCUAUUUCAUUCUUCAUCUUCCGAUUCCUCUGUCAUCGCGGUCAUCUACUCGUCGCCGUCAUCUCCUCUCUCAUCGCCGGCAGCCACCAAUGUCACGAACGGGACGGAGGCAGUAGAGGACGUCGUCAGUAGUCGCGAACUCGAGAAGGCCAUUUCUCUACUCGCGAAGGCGAAAAGUUAUCUUCAUCAUCCCUGUCCGGCAUCGCCUUCUACAAUCUCAGCAACAACUUCUGGCCUCUUCUACAAACCUACGAUUCGGCGUUCUUCCAUAGACGUACAUCCAGAAGUCGAAGCGGCAUUAUAAAGUAGAAACUAGAAGGAUCAAGACGUUUCAAAGGGAAGGGAGAAAUCGGAGCGAUGGGAAGUAACCAACUGGUGGCACAAAUCCCGACUAGCUUCGGCCAUGAACUCAGGGCUUGCCUCCGCUGCCGUCUUGUCAAAACAUAUGAUCAGUUCAGAGAGUCUGGAUGCGAGAACUGUCAAUUCUUUAAGAUGGAUGAAGAUCAUGAGCGUGUUGUUGAAUGCACAACACCUAAUUUCAAUGGCAUAAUCUCAGUCAUGGAUCCCAGUAGAAGCUGGGCUGCUCGCUGGCUUCGGAUAGGUCGUUUUGUCGCUGGUGUGUACACACUUGCAGUUUCAGAGGCGCUUCCAGAAGAUUUGCAGAAUCUGUGUCAAGACGAGCGUGUGCCCUAUGUUCCUCCAAAGCGCAUUUGAGAUCAUCCAUAGCCCCACCCAUCAAAAGGAUCAGAAAUUAAGAAUGUUGUCUUCUAGUGCUUACUAUCAUUUCAUGUAGAGUUCAAUCGAUGUAUGAAUUGAAACUGCACACUGUGUGACAAACAUUACAUUGAAUGCACUAUCUAUCAUGUGGCACGGCUGAUGGUUUAAAUGAAUGUGUUUUUCUAUG